AUGAGGUGUGCCAUACUCUGCAGCCUUCUGCUCUCUUUACUCAGAAACCCUAAGAUCUGUAGCACUACCUCCGUGUCUGCUGAUGACAAUUCACACUUUGCUGUGGAUCUCUACCAAGCUAUCAGCACAUUACAUCCAGGCCAGAAUAUUAUCUGUUCUCCAUUCAGCAUUACACUGGCUCUGGGCAUGCUACUUUUGGGUGCAAAAGGAACAACACUACAUCAGCUAACUCAGGCUAUGAAAUUGGAUAAAAGGUCUGAAGGUGAGGAAUUCUCUAUACUCAAGCAUCUUUCUUCAGUUAUGUUGAGCCACAGCCAAGAACCUCCUGUGAGUCUUGUGAAUGCUCUCUAUGUUCAAGAUGGCUUUACAAUCAAGGAAAGGUAUCUUCAGAGAAAUAAAUAUUACUUUAGCAGUGAUAUCAGAGCUGUGAACUUCCAGGAUUCUGCAUCAGCUGCUAGAAUAAUCAAUACAUGGGUAGAAAGUACCACCAAGGGUAAAAUCAGAAACUUAUUUUCAAGUGAUGAGUUUAAUCCUUUGUCAAGGCUUGUUCUAGUAAGUGCCAUUUAUUUCAAAGGAAAAUGGAAGCACAAAUUUACAAUGGAAACAACAGAGCUGAUGACUUUCACCAAGACAGAUGGAUCUGCAACAGAAAUACCUAUGAUGUCUCAUCAUUUGAAAGCUCAUAUUGGCCACUUUUCCAAUGAAGAUGUGUCUUAUCAGGUUUUGGAGCUGCCAUACGAAGGACAUGAAAUUAGCAUGUUUUUUGUACUUCCUGAUCAAGUAAUGGAUAUACAUAAAGUAGAAAAAGUUUUAACAGCUUCUCAAAUAAAAGAGUGGCUAUCCUCACUAACAGAACAUGAUGUUCGACUACGUAUUCCUAGAUUCAAAAUAGAAGAGAAAUUAGACUUGAAGGAAACCCUGAAAGCAUUCAGAAUUACAGAACUAUUUCUCAGCAGCAGUGAUCUUCCUGAAAUGACAGAUUCAGCUGAUGUGUAUGUUACCAGUGCUAGCCACAAAGCAUUUAUUGAAGUGAAUGAAGAGGGAAGUGAAGCUGCAGCCACAACAGGUAUCCACAUUGCAGCUAUCAUGAGUAUGCAACAGCAUCAGUUUGUAGCUGAUCAUCCUUUUGUCUUCCUUAUACGACAUAACAAGACAGGGGCCUUGUUAUUCAUGGGACGAGUAAUGAAUCCAGAAAUAAUGAAUACUGAAGGAAGAGACACAGAAGCUUUAUAA